UCCCCUUUUGGCCAUUACAGAUGAGCGUAUUGCUCUUUAAACCAUUAUUCAACGACCAAGCUUCAGGCAACCAUCGGCGGCUCCUCCACUUCCUCCGUCGUUGUUUAUCGCCGGAAUUUCAGAUGCUGACCAAAACCGCCGUCGUUUCAUCCGCUGCCAGAGAAGCCAUGGCGAUGAACAGCAGCAGCUACUUACCAGAGGACAUCAUAAUUGAAAUUCUUCGCCACUUCUCUCUAAGAUCUCUCGCUAAAGCAAACUGUGUCUCUAAGCUCUGGCAAACCCAUAUUUCCACCAUACCUCUCCUUCUUCAUGCCGCCAUUUCCUCUCCUCUGCACCAUGGCUUCUUCUUUCAGGGCUCCACCAUCAGCAAAAAUGGCGUCCCGAUUCACUUCUUCCCUUCCUCUCUCAAUAUUCUUAACACCCAUUUCUAUAAACUGAUUGCCUCUAGCAACGGCCUUCUUCUCUGCGGCAAAUCCAAUCAAAACCCUAUUGUCAACUACUCUGUCUGGAAUCCCACCUCCAAUCGCCUGAUUCCAAUCCCAAAACCAAGGAAUCUCUUCACCGGCGUUAAGAUCGGAUUCCAUUCCCACGAUUCUGUUUCGUUCACCAUUCUUCGAUUUGGGAAUUUAGGGCUCGAACCGAUGGAGAUUUUCUCGUCUGAAACAGGGGAAUGGCGGCACUUGGCCUUCAAUUUGGCGAUGGAUUCAUUGUUUUUGCCCUUCGAAGGGCCGUCGGCGGUGGUUCUAAACGGGGUGUUUUACUGGCUGGAGUUUCGAUCGAUGAUUUACGCUUUCGAUUUGCUCAAAAACGAAUUUCUGAAAGUGGGAUUUCCAUUUGAGGAACCGGAGUAUCGCCGGGAAGUAUUCUCCCGUUGCCUCGCCGUCGCGGGUGGGGAGGUGGUGAUGGCGUCGACCAACGGCGAGGUUAUUGAGAUUUGGAUUCUUCAGGAUAAGGCAUCGUCUUUGUGGGGUUUGAAGAGUAGAUUAAACGUUGAAAGUCUCGUUGGCAUUAUCGCAAACACCUUGUGCGCAAGGGCGGCGACGGCGGCGGUUGGGCGGAGAAUUGUUGGGAUUGUGGGGUUUCAGGCAUGGGAUUCGGAAAGGAUUUACUUGAACACGACGGAGGUAGUGGUUUGUUGUGAUAUUGGAAGUGGGAAAGUUGAGAUUGUUCACCGAUUUGAUGAGAGCUUGGGAUGUACGGAUGUUUCUGACUUCAUGUUCUUACCUUACGAGUGUGUUCAGCUUGGUUGAUUGCGGUAAUGUUCGUAAUGAGUAGAGCCCAGAUAUUUAAACCCUACCAACUCGGUUGGGAUGUGUCCACCCGUUAAGCUUCAUUCAAUAACACUCAUGGUCACUCAUGUAGAUUUGAGU